UUAAUAAUUAUUAUAAUAUCGCGACAAUUUGUUUUGCUGCAGACCCGAAGAAACAUAAUAUUAUUUACAUAUAUCAUUAUUAUAAUAUCGCAACUCGAGGUUUUCGUUUCUUUCGCUGUACAUUCACACCGCACAUUUAUACCCAUAAUAUUACACACGCAGGAACGUGUUACAUGACACGUAAAUAAAUCUCUGGAACUUUAUCCGGCGGACAUCUGAAGUUUGCGAUGGCCUCUUCGUCCUGGAAUGAUGAUAAAUUUGUACGAAAUAGAAGUAAAACGAAAGCCGACUCAUAUUUAGAAGAAAAACAUAUAAUGUCCUUGGUGAACCAUUUAACCAGUACGUUGUUAAAACACGAACCCAACGAUCCAGUAGAAUUUCUCGUGAACCAAGUGGAAGACAUGAUACAAUUCCGGGAUCACAGUGGCAAACCGCCGAUUCUGUUCAGCGACGACGAUUUAACAAAUGUUUUUAAGGGUGUAGACUAUUUAAAUAGUGGUACGAUUGAUCUAAGUGAAUACUUCAGAGGUGAGUUUAAACAGCUUACUGGCUAUUUCACUCUCUGGAGAGUCAAAUCGUUAUUUGUGUUAUCGACAUGUCUAUAGAAAAAUCACUUAGUUUGCUAGAAAAUAGC